CAACAAAGUGCAGACAUGACGUCUGCAGAUGCUGAGUUGGCUGUCUUUGGGGAGGCAGCUCCUUACCUCCGAAAAUCAGAAAAGGAGAGAAUCGAGGCCCAGAACAAGCCUUUUGAUGCCAAGACAUCCGUCUUUGUGGUUCAUCCUAAAGAAUCCUUUGUGAAAGGGAAAAUUGAGAGCAGGGAAUCAGGGAAAGUCACUGUCAAGACUGAAGGGGGAGAGACCCUGACUGUGAAGGAAGAUCAAAUCUUCUCCAUGAACCCUCCCAAGUACGACAAAAUCGAGGACAUGGGCAAGAAGCGCCAGGAGGCCCCUCCACACAUCUUCUCCAUCUCUGACAACGCCUAUCAGUUCAUGCUGACUGAUCGGGAGAACCAGUCGAUCCUGAUCACCGGAGAAUCCGGGGCCGGGAAGACUGUGAACACAAAGCGUGUCAUCCAGUACUUUGCAACAAUUGCAGCCAGUGGAGAGAAGAAAAAGGAGGACCAGUCAUCAGGCAAAAUGCAGGGAACGCUUGAGGAUCAAAUCAUCAGCGCCAACCCACUGCUGGAGGCCUUUGGAAACGCCAAGACCGUGAGGAACGACAACUCCUCACGCUUUAUCUUCUAUCAGAUCAUGUCCAACAAGAAGCCAGAGCUAAUUGACAUGCUCCUCAUCACCACCAACCCUUAUGAUUUCCACUAUGUGAGUCAAGGGGAGGUCACUGUCCCCAGCAUUGACGACCAGGAGGAGCUGAUGGCAACAGAUAGUGCCAUUGACAUCCUGGGCUUUACUCCUGAUGAGAAAACAGCCAUCUACAAGCUGACAGGGGCAGUCAUGCACUACGGGAACCUGAAGUUCAAGCAGAAACAACGAGAGGAGCAGGCAGAGCCUGAUGGCACAGAAGUGGCUGACAAGGCUGCCUACUUGAUGGGUCUUAACUCAGCUGAAUUUCUCAAGGCCUUGUGUUAUCCCCGAGUCAAGGUUGGGAAUGAGUAUGUGACCAAAGGUCAAAAUGUGACACAGGUGAACAAUUCAGUGGGUGCCCUGGCAAAGGCUGUGUUUGAGAAGAUGUUCCUGUGGAUGGUUGUUCGCAUCAACCAACAGCUGGACACGAAGCAGCCCAGGCAGUACUUCAUUGGUGUGCUGGACAUUGCUGGCUUUGAGAUCUUUGAUUUCAACAGCUUUGAGCAGCUGUGCAUCAACUUCACCAAUGAGAAACUGCAACAGUUCUUCAAUCACCACAUGUUCGUGCUGGAGCAGGAGGAGUACAAGAAGGAGGGAAUUGAGUGGGAGUUCAUUGACUUUGGGAUGGACCUGGCUGCCUGCAUUGAGCUCAUUGAGAAGCCCAUGGGCAUCUUCUCCAUCCUGGAAGAGGAGUGCAUGUUCCCCAAGGCAACUGACACCUCUUUCAAGAACAAGCUCUAUGACCAGCACCUGGGCAAGUCCAACAACUUCCAGAAACCCAAACCUGCCAAAGGCAAGGUUGAGGCCCACUUCUCCCUGGUGCACUACGCUGGCACAGUGGACUACAACAUCACUGGGUGGCUGGAGAAGAACAAGGACCCUCUGAAUGAAACUGUCAUUGGGUUGUACCAGAAAUCAUCUGUGAAGACCCUGGCCUUACUCUUUGCCAACUAUGGUGGAGCAGAUGCAGAGGCCAGUGGUGGUGGUGGCAAGAAAGGAGGCAAGAAGAAGGGUUCUUCUUUCCAGACUGUCUCAGCUCUUUUCAGGGAGAAUUUAAACAAGCUGAUGGCCAACCUGAGGAGCACCCACCCUCACUUUGUACGGUGCAUCAUCCCAAAUGAAACAAAAACCCCUGGUGCCAUGGAGCACGAGCUGGUGCUGCACCAGCUGCGCUGUAACGGCGUGCUGGAAGGGAUCAGGAUUUGCAGGAAAGGAUUCCCCAGCAGAGUCCUCUAUGCUGACUUCAAACAGAGAUACAGAGUACUUAAUGCCAGUGCUAUUCCAGAGGGUCAGUUCAUGGAUAGCAAGAAAGCUUCAGAGAAGCUGCUUGGGUCCAUUGAUGUUGACCACACCCAGUACAGAUUUGGUCACACCAAGGUGUUCUUCAAAGCUGGGCUGAUAGGUGUGCUGGAGGAGAUGAGAGAUGAGAAACUAGCAGAGAUUAUGACCAUGAUACAAGCCAGGUGCAGAGGUUUCUUGAUGAGAGUGGAGUAUAAGAAAAUGGUAGAAAGGAGAGAGUCCAUCUUCUGCAUCCAGUACAACGUUCGUGCAUUCAUGAACGUCAAACACUGGCCCUGGAUGAAGCUGUUCUUCAAGAUCAAGCCCUUGCUGAAGAGUGCAGAGUCUGAGAAGGAGAUGGCCAACAUGAAACAAGAGUUUGAGAAAACCAAGGAAGAGCUUGCGAAGUCUGAGGCAAAGCGGAAGGAACUGGAGGAGAAAAUGGUGGCCCUGCUGCAGGAGAAAAAUGACCUGCAGCUCCAAGUGCAGGCUGAAGCAGAUAGCCUGGCUGAUGCAGAGGAAAGGUGUGACCAGCUCAUCAAAACCAAAAUCCAGCUGGAAGCCAAAAUUAAGGAGGUGACUGAAAGGGCUGAGGAUGAGGAGGAAAUCAAUGCUGAGCUGACAGCCAAGAAAAGAAAACUGGAGGAUGAAUGUUCAGAGCUGAAGAAAGAUAUUGAUGACCUUGAGCUGACACUGGCCAAGGUGGAGAAGGAAAAACACGCCACGGAAAACAAGGUGAAAAACCUCACCGAGGAGAUGGCAGCCCUGGACGAGACCAUCGCCAAGCUGACAAAAGAGAAGAAAGCCCUCCAAGAGGCCCAUCAGCAGACCCUGGAUGACCUGCAGGUAGAAGAGGACAAAGUCAAUACCCUGACCAAGGCCAAGACCAAGCUGGAGCAGCAAGUGGACGAUCUGGAAGGGUCCCUGGAGCAAGAGAAGAAACUGCUGUCAAGAGGCAUCUCAAGACAGGUCUUGGAGUUACCCACCCCCAUGUCCCCACAGGCCAAGAACGCCCUGGCCCACGCCCUGCAGUCCGCUCGCCACGACUGUGACUUGCUGCGGGAACAAUAUGAGGAGGAGCAGGAAGCCAAGGGGGAGCUGCAGCGUGCCCUGUCCAAGGCCAACAGCGAAGUGGCCCAGUGGAGAACCAAAUACGAGACGGACGCGAUUCAGCGCACGGAGGAGCUCGAGGAGGCCAAGAAGAAGCUGGCCCAGCGCCUGCAGGAUGCAGAGGAACACGUGGAAGCUGUCAAUGCCAAAUGUGCCUCCCUGGAAAAGACAAAGCAGAGGCUGCAGAAUGAAGUGGAGGACCUGAUGAUUGAGGAGCUCUCCAAUGUCAACCUCUCCAAGUUCCGCAAGAUCCAGCACGAGCUGGAGGAAGCCGAGGAACGGGCUGACAUUGCAGAGUCCCAGGUCAACAAGCUCCGAGUGAAGAGCCGGGAGUUUCAUGGGAAGAAGAUAGAAGAGGAAGAGUGA